UUCGUGGAAAGCGACGAUGAUGAGGAGCUUCUGUUUAACAUCCCGUUUACGGGCAACGUGAAAUUAAAAGGAGUAAUUGUGAUGGGAGAAGAUGAUGGUACACAUCCGGCAGAGAUGAGACUUUUCAGGAACAUUCCUCACAUGUCCUUUGAUGACACAGCCAGGGAACCCGAGCAGACGUUCAGCCUGAACCGGGAUCUGACGGGCGAGCUGGAGUACCCCACCAAACCUGCCCGUUUCUCCAACGUUUACCACCUCUCCAUCCACUUUCCAAAGAACUUUGGAGCAGAGACAACAAAGAUCUUUUAUAUAGGCCUGAAAGGAGAGUGGACAGAGGCUCAUCGCCACGAAGUCACCAUCUGCAAUUACGAAGCCUCAGCCAACCCAGCUGAUCACGAUCACAAGUUGGAACAGAUCACCCCGCAGACUCACUUCAUCUCCUAACCGUGCCGUCGGG